UAUUCUUGGUUCUUCUCAGUUGAGUAGCGGUGAUCGUGUACCAGCAAGCGGUGCAUGUGUACAAAGACAAUGCUAGCUUGUACAGUCUUGUAGGUCAGUGUGCUGCCGCAGAGAGAGAGAAGGAGUGCAGAAUGCAGGGCAGUGGUGAGUUGGUGCCUCUGGUACAGUGGUAGCACUGCUGUUAUCUUAUCCUUUGCAGCUAGGCCGACCCUAAACCGGCCGGCCAACUGUGCAGCACAGCCUGACUUGGGAAAACUGUUGCCAGCCACUCUAGACGUCCUUAUACCAGCAAGGGCGCGUGUGUAAGGCCCUCUAGUGGGCGACCAGGAUCAGGACUGAAUUCGCCAACAACUGGCGAAAGUCCACAUUCAGCGAAAACAAUAACUGCCAUAAUAAGUAAUCGACUUCACUUAGCCUAUAUCGGAGCCAAUAACUGCUCUCACCGUCUUGGUGAGUGGAGUGCUGUGAGCUCGAUUGAUACUGCUGACUGAGCCUAGCGCCAGUGGAUAGCCUCCGCUUGCCAUUGUGCAAGUGUGAGGUCAGUCAAGCUGGUCGAAACGCUCCUUGAACUCCGUCAGGCCACUAUACAUCGGGACAAGCCGAGCGAGAAAAGCCCUGCGAAAUUUCAUUGGGCCGAGAAGGCUAACACCUUCUCAGCCAUCACCCGUCACCCCUCUCUCUCUCUCUCUCGCUGUGUCCAGAAUAGCGUCUGUGGUUUGCAAGGUUCACAAGGUGCGUACAACACCCAUCGAUCCCGUACCGUUCUCGGCCUUAGCGCCUGGCAUCACACGGUCGAGAAGAAAAUAUACCCAUCGCCUUGGUUGGGAUCUGUUUGUUUGUCAGAACGGGAGGCCGUUGGUAGUAGUGACAAUUUUCGUUUGUGUUCGGCUCUGAAUCUUCGUUGUCCAUUGGCAAAACCUAUGGCCCGACGAUGCUGACAAGAAGGAUGUCGUUGGGACAGUGUUGUGCGAGUUUCCUCCUAGCAGUCCUGACAGCUGCCCUGCUAAGGACGCCAGUAGCAGUAAUAGCAGUGCCAGUAACCCCCGCACAGGAUGUCCUAUGGCAGGACAACAGCUUAGCACCGGCUGUGAGCGAUGGCGAAAAUGUGGAGUUUGUCAAUGCGUCGCUGGAGCACACCAUGCUGAGAGGCAGGUGCGAAGUGCUUUGCUCGACGAGUCUCAGGAACCUCUCUGCCGAGGAAAGACAGAAUUGCUCCGAGAUGUGUGACGCUGGUUUCGAGAACGCUACAGCACUGUGCAGUGGUCUGGGCACAUGUGGCUAUGGUAGUAAAUAUAUUUGCCAGGAAGUAUGCAAGCUGCUCACUGGUACAAACACCUAUGUUCCAAUCAAUGACACAAGAACGGCAAAAGCAGGACUUUCCUACGCUAACAGCACAUCAUACAGAGAAAUCCAGCUGACUUACAGCCUGCCGGGAGUAUCAAACACCUCGUUAUUUUUGGCAGUACUGACGCCUGUAAGCCAACUUGGCCUUCCGGACGGAAGACCCCGUCUCUCAUUGGUUCAGAGCAAUAACAUGACGUUCUCAACAGCACAGCUCCUUCCGUCCACUUCCUACCGUCUGACGGUUAGCUUGCUGAGUGACGGGCCCGAUCUGCUUUACACAACACACUCAUACUUCACCAUCGAUGAGUUUAUGGACGCAAUCCCCGCUCUCAACAUUACCAGUAACGCUAUUCCGGCCUCGAUAUCCAAUUCUGUGAGAUUGUUUCUGCGGUUGUCAGCACUGCCCGGUUUUGACCAGUCCCUUCUGACACGGUUUGGUAUCUCCAUGACCUCCGAGAUGCCUCUUUGCACUGGCAAUGACACAGCACCACUGCAUGCAUUCCUAACCGAAGGAACUGUGGCCAUCAACGUACCAGACGUGUUUCAGGAGUCACGUCACUUUCAUCUCCUGUAUGGCUGUGCAUACGAUUUCAAGGUCACAAACAGGUUGAAGACUGCCGAAGGUAAAUCCGUCGGCCAUCCAAGUUUCCGCGUCAGAACGGGCAACCUGAACAGGGAGAUCGGUCCGGUCAUAAAUCUAGUUUCAAAGCGGAAACGAGUCAACGGUGUCUCUUCCCUUGAGCUCACCUUCAAACUGCCGCACACCGUUCACCCUUCGGUCAUAAGGCAGAUCCGCGCCGACUUCUUUUUACUUCAUGAUGCCAUUCCGUCCUUCACGGUGUUUCAGGACAUCCCAAUCGGGAUCAGUAGCUCAGACAAGAUUGACAUCUCGCACUUGGUUGAUGCAAAUCGAUGCUACAAUAUAACGAUGUAUGCAAUACCGUUCUAUGAAACUCCGAUGUACGGACGACCAACCGAACUGCAGGUCUGCGUUCCAAUUGGAAUAGCACCGCUUCCGCCGCCCGUCGUACCGCCAGUGCCACAACAAUUCCAGAACUUGUAUCGACUGCAAGCACGGCAUGUGGAGACAACAAUCGCAGUAGAUUUCCCCACGAUUGACUUGAACUGGACUCAAAUCGGAGCCAUACAAGCAACUGAGUUCAGGGUUGGACUGAAAAGUGUUCAGACCUCUCAGUAUGGCCCGGAAACAAGAUGCCUAUCCAAUCCAGGUGUCUUUGAGGCCAGCGUUGAUAUGAACCUGUCAACGGCAUCAAUUCCGUACGUGUUCAGCAAAGAGGUGUUCCCCGCACGACCAUUCCCAGCUUAUGGAUGUGACUUCCAGGUUCAACUCGCCUACAAGGUUCCUGGUUUUGAUGGCUGGGUUCCUCUUUCACCGAUACGUGUUAGCUCACCGUAUUACUCCAUCAGUGCACCAAAGGUGCGAGUUGGCCCGCCAGAGUACAUCGGGCGACCGGACGGAAACGCAACCGUCAUUCUUCGCUGGCUGCCACCGGUCACGCUGCCGAUGAAUUUCAUCUACGCCUUCUCUGUCUAUCUGACAAGAGUGGACAACUUCCCAGUGUUCUCACAGCCGUACAAUGUCCUUCUGAAUGCAACGGACACGCAUGAUACCAAAUACAUAGUUCAGCUACCUUGGAACAUCUACUCGCUGGAGCUGGGUCAUUCGUACACCUUUACGAUCUACACUGCUGUGUAUAAGAGACCUGUAUACCAGAGAUCCAACAGGGCUGUCUAUAGUGGCAUCGGCAUCCAAACCGUCAUUGACUUGCCAGCCCUGCCAACAUCCCCCACGCCACCGCACACCGAGGUGCUGACGUCCCCCACCGUGCAGACGGCCACCGAGGCGAACGCCAACGUCAUCAUCGGAAUCACUGCACCGGUUGGCGUCAUCGUCAUCGGCAUUGCCAUGUACACCUGGGUGCGCUUCAACAACAAGAGCAAGCUGAAGAUGAACAGCCUGAGAAAGCGCGCCACCAUCAAUGACGACGCCGCCGCCCGUAACUUGUACCAGCAGAACGGCGGCCUAGAGGGAAUCCACGUUACCACGACGAACUUUAACUGGCAUGGUGAGACGAAGGACGAAUGGGAAGUCGACCCCGAUAUGGUAACGUGUGUUGGCGAGCUUGGAGAGGGUGCAUUCGGCAAGGUCUUCAAGGCUGAGCUGAAGAAUGGAGGUGGUCGCAAAGCUCUGGGUGAAGGCGAGGAGAACAAAGACCUGCAAUUACAGGAUACUGUACAGAUCGUUGCUGUCAAACAGCUCAAAUUGGAUUAUGGUAUUCAAGAUUUGGACUUGUUCAAGUCGGAAAUUGAGCUGAUGAAGAAUGUUGGCUCCCAUCCGAAUGUGCUGAGGAUGGUGGGCUGCGUCGUACAGACGGAAAAGAUCAUGCUGCUGACCGAAUUUGCCGAGUUCAACAAUCUGCACAGCUUCCUGGUGACGGCUAAGGAGAAAAACCGACUGCCCGGUGAAAAGGAUGCGUACUACAAUGACGGAACGGAAGGUGUUCCCACGGUCCAGAUCAAUGAGUACCAUACGCUUGGUCAAGUCGACCUGCUGAGCUUUGGACAUCAAAUUGCUGCAGGAAUGCAUCAUCUCCAGACGAUGAAAAUCGUCCAUCGAGAUCUGGCAGCAAGGAACGUGCUAGUCGGAGGCGGCAAGAUCCUGAAGAUCUCUGAUUUUGGACUGGCAAAGGAUGUGUAUCUUAAUGAGGAGUAUGUACAGAAGACCAAGGGCAAAUUGCCCUACAAGUGGAUGUCCAUCGAGGCCAUUAGAGACAGGCGAUACACCAGUGCAUCAGACAUGUGGGCGUAUGGCAUCACGAUGUGGGAGUGCAUGACUCUCGGUUCUCAUCCGUACCCCACGCUGUCGAACGAGGACCUGCUCGAGUUCCUGCUGAAGGGCAAGCGGUUGUCACGACCAGAUGGGAUCGACCAAGAUGUGUUUGACGCGGUCGCACAGUGCUGGAGGGAGAAUCCCGACGAGCGUCCGCAGUUCAGCGACAUGGCCAACGACUUUGCGCAGCGCUACCAGGUCAAGUGCCACAGGACAUACAUUGACAUUGGCUAACAGCGCCGCCGCCGCCGCAGCCACCACCACCGCUGCCCAGUAGUGUAGCAUGCAGCACGCCCUGACGGCUCAGCGACCUGUUGCCUGCUGUCAAGGACGGUCCCGCAUGGCACGUUGUGUGCGCGUACGCAGCUCAGGCAGUAACUGGCCGGUCAGUGCUGGCGAGGCACUCUUGCUCGGACUCCUCCAAGUGGACAGCAGUAUAGACAUGGCCAGGCACAGCGCUGGGCACUUUUGCUUGAUUUACUAUUUGACGACGACUUGAACCCGCCGAAGCCACGGAUAGAAUUUUACGAUACUGGGUACUUCCAGGAAGAAUGCCCGCUAGCAGCCAUUGAGCUAAACAGAGCACUGGAGCCGGCAUGUCACAUGCUUCGAGCAAGGUUGGUUUGGUUUGACUUCUUUUGUGUCCACUCCAGGGUUUUGUUAAAAUUCCUCACUUCUAUUUCAUGUGAGAUUGUUUCUCAGCUGGAUAGUAUUUUUUGGCUUUUCUCCUUUUUCCUCCUUUGUGUGAUACUUGUACAAAGAUGUUCGAAUGUCCAAAAACCGCUUUUUCAGUUUCGUCUUUUCGAAAGUACUUACUUUAUUGUAGGUACACGGUUUUCGUCAUGGUUAUGAAUUUACCCCCCCCCCCCCCCCCCCCGUGUUUCACCUCCUGCUGCCUAUAUCUAUUGUAAUGUAACUUCAAUCGAGUUCUAUUCCUCAAGUAUAGAAACAGAGCAAAACAUCAGAUUUACCCAUUAUUUGAACUUCCCAACAGCUUUGCCAUGCACGACUCGACCUAUUGAUAAAUUUAUAUACUUGUGCGCAGAGCUCUAUAGUGUAAAAGUGUCGCUGCUGGCUUUGUUCACUGGUCACCUGCCCAGUGGCUGUUGUUGCUAACGUUGAGAUCAUGCAAUUUAUAGUAUACCAUUUUUGUAAUUGUAUGACAGAACGAUGAGAAUUA